AUGGCCUCGUAUAAGUCACCCACAGUGAUUCUAGCGACGGCACUGGUUCGACUGCACAACAACAUCACUGGUCAGUCUAUGAUAGUACGCGCUUUAAUUGAUCACGGCUCCGAGGGAACUCUUGUUACGGAAAAUGUCGUCCAAGCCCUUGGACUAAAGCGAUUCCCUGUUUCUGCUGAAAUCACGGGAGUAGGCGAAAACUCAACAAAUAAGUGCAAGCAUCGCACGGGGUUUACAUUAAGCUCAUGUAUACACCCUCAGUUCCAAAUGUCAGUGGAUACGGCGUUUGUGCUUCGCUCUUUAACAUCGCCUCUGCCAAGGAUGAAUAUCCACCUGCAAAACUGGUCGCAUAUCCAAGGACUCGAAUUGGCAGAUCCUACCUUUACGCGAUCCGGUCGAAUCGACUUGCUGAUUGGCGUGGAUGUCAUACCUCAGCUCAUGCUGUCUGAAGUUCGGAAGGGAGCUCAGGAUCAACCAAUAGCUCAGCGCACGCAACUGGGUUGGAUUGUAUUUGGUAAGACAAACCAAAUACUUUCGCAUGCCAUAUCCAUUCGAUGCCAUCAGACAAAUUUGGAGUCUUUGGUCAAUAAGUUUUUUGAACUAGAGAAAAUUCCCGAAACUCGACAGUUGACAGCAGAAGAACAAUGGUGCGAGGAUCAUUUCAAACGCACGCAUACACGUCAACCCAAUGGGAAAUAUAUGGUUCGGCUCCCAUUCAAGACGCAGUUCGAUUCCUCGCAAGUUCUUGGGAAAUCUCGGCAAAUAGCCCUUAAUCGCUUCCAUAUGUUGGAGCGUAAGUUUCAAAAACAACCAGCGUUACAUCAGCAAUAUUCAGCCGUCAUCCAAAAGUAUUUUGAUCUCAACCAGAUCAUCGAAGCUGCAAGCACUGAGGAGCAACAUCGGACUCACACGCCAUUGGGGCUGGUCGGUUUUGCGGCAUGCACUCUGCCUCAUCACGCUGUACUAAAGGAGGAGAGUACCACCACCAAAUUACGCGUGGUCUAUGAUGCGUCUUGCAAAACUUCCAAUGGCCGUUCUCUCAACGAUGUCCUUUGCAGAAUGAUCUUGGGGGAGUCAUACUAA